ACGAUCAGCAACAAUCUCUGAAAGAAAAGGAAGGCCGAUCGAGUACGCUUCCAAGACUCCAUGGCCGCACAUUCUCCAGCUCCAUUACCGCCCUCAUUCAAAGGCAACAGGCAGUCAAAACCCAAAUUUCUCAACUCAACCUCGCUUCCCUCCAAUCCACCUCUUAUAGUUUCGCUUCCUUAUCACCAUCGCCAGCGCAAGGCAUUGAGAAUUUCGGCCUCCGUUUCGUUCUCCAACCCAGAGGUGCGAACCGGUCCCGGUGACCUUGUUGCGUCUAUCCUCUCCAAGAGCUUAAUGGAGAUGCUCCUCUAAGUCACGUGUCAUCGUCUCCGUAUAAUUGCCAUAAUACGAUAAGUCGUUCGUGCACAGAUCAUCAUAGGCUAUCACGAAGCCACGUCACACAAAAGUCCAUGCCCACGUGUCAGUAUCUCAACUGCUUAAAAUCAUCCUCUCUCUCUCUCUCUCUCCCACAAAAUCCAAGCUAUGACUACAUGCAAACAUGGCGAUUCACUGUUCCUCGGUGCCUUCUCUUUCCUUUAAAAACCUCACAAUCCCGUCAAAACCAAUAUCUUCACUAUUCAAGGCGAUGAAUCCACUCUCAAAACCUGGGCUGAGACCGUCGGCUUCUUCUGCUGCAACGAUCCACCAGGUCCCGGGCCUCGACACCGACGAAGUGGACCGCAUCGCUGACCAAACCUUUCAAAGGUACUCCUCGUCGUCUCCGAGGACCGGCCGAGGAGGAUUAGGGACCGCCGUAGUUUGGUUCAGGAACGAUCUGAGAGUGUUGGACAAUGAGGCUUUGUACAAGGCGUGGGUUUCGUCCGAGAUGGUAUUGCCGGUUUAUUGCGUCGAUCCUCGACUUUUCGGCACCACCUAUUAUUUCGGAUUCCCUAAAACUGGAGAGUUGAGAGCGCAAUUUCUUGUUGAAAGUUUGGCUGACCUGAAAAAGAAUUUGAUAAAGCGGGGCCUGAAUUUGCUUAUUCGACAUGGCAAGCCUGAGGAAAUUCUCCCUUCUCUUGCAGAAGCUGUUGGAGCACACACAGUAUAUGCCCACAAAGAAACCUGCAGUGAGGAGCUGAAUGUCGAAAGAUUGGUCAGCAAAGCUCUGCGGCAAGUGGUGCUACAACAAUCUUUGGGGUCGAGUAAAACUCACAACCCUAAGUUACAGCUUAUUUGGGGUACCACCAUGUACCACAUUGAUGACCUCCCAUUUGAUCCCUGCUGUUUACCAGAUGUUUAUACUCAGUUUCGUAAGUCUGUUGAAGCCAAAUGCGCUAUCCGGGGCUGCAUUAAAACUCCAACAUUUCUUGGGCCGCCACCAAGUGUCAGCGAUUGGGGAUGUGUUCCUUCAGUAGAUCAGCUUGGAGUCCACUCACAUAAUGUUAGCAAAGGAAUGAAGUUUGUGGGGGGUGAAAGUGCCGCACUGGGCAGGGUAAACGAAUACUUCUGGAAGAAGGACUUGCUAAGGAUAUACAAAGAGACCAGAAAUGGGAUGUUAGGACCUGAUUAUUCAACAAAAUUCUCUCCAUGGCUUGCGUCAGGAAGCCUCUCUCCUCGCUUAAUACAUGAAGAGGUGAAGAGAUAUGAACAGGAAAGGCAAGCAAAUGAUUCCACAUACUGGGUUUUGUUCGAAUUGAUAUGGAGAGAUUACUUCAGGUUUCUAUCAGUCAAAUAUGGGAAUUCCCUUUUCCAUAUAGGUGGUCCAAGAAAAGUGGAGCAUGAAUGGAGCCAGGACAAGGAUUUGUUUGAGUCCUGGAGAGACGGCCGUACAGGGUACCCCCUCAUAGAUGCAAACAUGAAAGAACUGUCAACCACAGGGUUCAUGUCAAAUCGAGGCCGACAAAUAGUAUGUUCCUUUCUUGUUCGAGAUAUGGGCAUUGAUUGGCGUAUGGGAGCUGAAUGGUUUGAGACAUGCCUUUUGGAUUAUGACCCAUGUUCCAAUUAUGGGAAUUGGACAUAUGGAGCAGGAGUUGGGAAUGACCCUAGAGAAGAUCGCUACUUCAGCAUCCCAAAGCAAGCACAGACAUAUGAUCCUGAAGGCGAGUAUGUGGCAUACUGGUUGCCGCAGUUACGAGCACUUCCUAAAGAUAAAAGGAACUUUCCCGGAAAAUCAUAUAUUGAGCAAGUUGUACCACUCAAGUUCAAUAGUGUUGGUAAGCACCCUGGUCAGAGUGCAAGAAAAACCAGUUUUGGAGGGAGACAAACAAGGGGGCGAGGGAGAUAGAGCUUCAAAUAUGAGAUAAAGCACGGCAUUCUUCUAAAUUAUAAGUAGUGAGGAAUGGUUUUUCAAUACUCUUGUUUCCCUUAAUCUGUUUUGUAUCUUUUAACCUCAACAAUGUAGGAAAAGUGUGCGAGCAUCGAAAUCCAUGAGUGAAAAAUGUAGACAAGUUGAUUUGACCGGCAAAUAUGCAAAUAAAUGAGGCUGUUGUGUUGAAGAUAAAGGUUGUGUGGUUUCAGGCAAGAGUACUUCAUGAUGACAAUCCACUGGAUUUUCUCUGCCUAUGAUGUUGGUAACAUAUCAAUAUUUUGAUGUGCUUUGGAUGAUACGCUUUUCCUAUUCUUUUGUGGUG